AUGGAGAAGGGCAGCAACAUGAAGAGGGUGUUUGAGAGGUUCUACAGAGGACUCAAGGAGGUGAGCCCAGCAGAAUCAAUGAUUGGAUUCAUUGCCUACACACACACGUUAACUGUGUCUUAAAUGACACUUAAACGUUUCAUGCUUUGUUGUCAUCACCACCAGGUGGCGUGACUGAUCAUGGAGAAAGGCUGGGAGUUCAUGUGGAGUGAGAGGCUGGGUUACAUCCUCACCUGCCCCUCCAACCUGGGCACUGGACUCAGGGCAGGGGUCCACGUCAACCUGCCUCAUCUCAGCAAGGUCUGGCUUUUACCACCUCACUCACCUAUGGGUUGACACACGAACAGCCAUAUGAAGAAACUGUGCUAAGGGGAUCCCUGUGCUGAGCUGUCCUUCUCAAAUUCCAGGAUCCUAAUUUCUCUGUUUGUUUUUCUGUUGUUUUUUACUAGGUCCAUCGUUCUGCAGAAGCGAGGUAUGGGCGGCGUGGACUCAGCAGCUGUGGGCACAACCUUUGACAUCUCUAACCUGGCCAGACUGGGUGAGUCAGAGAUAAGACACUGCAUCACUACACCACAGAAUAGAUACGCAACCGACAGUGACAAUCAUAAUAUUCAGCUUUAAUAGGCAGUUGUAGAGAGCGUAGAAAGAGUAGGUUAUGUGUGUUUGUGUGUUGCAUGUAGGUCCAGCUGGUUCAGAAUGUGAUUGA